ACAAAAUGGCAACCGCCGAAAAAGUUGAAGACCUCCCAAAGCUGCCGUCGGAGAUCAUCCGCGGGAUUCUUGCGUGGCUGCCGGUGAAGUCGUUAUGCCGAUUCAGGUGUGUCAAAAAGUCUUGGAAUUCUCUAAUCCUUGAUCCUCACUUUGUGAAGUUGCACUAUGACAAAGCCAUUGAGCAUGAGGAUGUGUUCUACCAAAGAAGAAGAGUCUUCAUUAGUGAUAUGUGGACGCUUUACUCUAUCGACCUCGAUGAGUGUCUCAAUCGUAUUAAUCUUGAUGAUUAUUCUGGGAAUUGUGUUUUAGUAGACAAUAAAUAUCUUCAAGAUUUUAUGGGUUUGGUGAUUCAUAGCAAUGGCUUGUUGUUCAUGCGGUCAUGUUAUCAUGAAUUUAGUUUGUUUAACCCCGCCAUCAGCCAGACCAAGAAUUUACCUGUCCCACCAACGUAUGAUACUUGGUCUGAUGAAGUGUGUGGGUUUGGAUUUGAUCUGUCUACCCUAGAUUACAAGGUGGUUCAUGGGCUUUUCUGUCAAGAUGAACUUAGGUUUAGUGUUUAUUCAUUGAAAACCGGUUCUUGGCGAGUGAUUCAAAGUGGAUACCCCUACAAAUAUCGAACACCGGCGAUGGAUGGGAGACUGGUGAAUGGAGGAGUUCAUUGGUUGGUUCGUAGAGUCCAUGACAGAUCAUCUAUGGUGAUCGUAUCUUUUGUUUUAGCAGAGGAGGAUGUUCGUGAGAUUCCUCUGCCGCCUGAUUUUAAUAUUGUUGAAGGUGAAGAUGAAUAUUAUCUCAGCGUCUUCGAGGAAUGCUUAUGUGUGGGUAAAAAGGAUGAUCAAGAGUUUUGGGUCAUGAAAGAAUACGGAGUGGCCAAAUCCUGGACUAAAAUAAGCAUCUCCCUACCCUUUUCUGAAGGGUUACAUUCCGGUUUUGUGAAGAAAAAUCAUCAUCUAUUGCUGCUGCAAGAUCAAAUGCAACAGCGGUUGGUUAUGUACAACUUUGAUAAAAAAAGCUUUCGCAAUCUAUCAAUUCGUGGAAUUCGCGAACCUUCUUCUGCUGGGUUUUACCUGGAGAGCCUUUUGUCACCCAAUAACUAUAGCAUCUCUCAAUGAUUAAGCAUGACAGCUGCAGAUGCAGAUGGAAUAGGAGCAAGUCUAUUUCCUCCCCAGAGGACAUAAGCCGGUUUAGCUGUAGUGAUGCAUAAGAAUUGGCGGAUGCGCAUGGCUUUUCUCAUGUUUCGGUUCAACUUCAGGUGCACCUCACCUUCAGUACGUUGUCAACUUUUGGUGAUUAUAGCUAGUUUUGCUUUUAAGAACAAUUUCUCUAAUUUGGUUCCAAAAUGCUACUUCAAGUACUAGUUUAGUUUAGUAUUGAACCUUCUUCAUGGAAUUGGCUAGUGCUUGUGUUGCUGUACGUGGAAUUUGAUAGUAUUUUGGAAGUUUCUCUCAAUGCCUAAAUGCCGCUGGUUUUAGAGUGUUGCUCUGUAAGUUUCUGAGUUGUUGGAUAUGAUAGCAGCAAAGUAUUUUUUAUGUAUUUUGAUCGUAUGUAUUCAGAGACCCAUAUAGUAAUCCUUUCAACAGCUCGUCUACCGUUUGGGUUCAA